AACCUUGCACAUACAGUACGUGUACUAGAUUCUCGGGACUCGGAUUGUACCUCUGUCCUACCCAUGCAGCGUGUGUCUGCGUCGUCGUCAACCUUCUCCAUAGACUCGCUGAUGUCAGCCCCGGUUUCAGCGUCGUCUGGGCCGAGCAGACUAGCAUUUCCCGUGCUCUACAACGGCUACUUGUUCUUCUCCCAAGCUGGCCUGUACCCUGGCUUGGCUUUCCACCGUCAGCCAGUAGCUUUACACUCCCCUGAACUGCCCUCACAACCGCCUCAUAUGGGCCUCACCGUCAAUCCACACUUGUACGGCUCUUCCUUUCGUGGUGUUAGAGGAGGAUUGGCCGGAGUUUCGGAUUUAAGGGAAUCUGUGCCGGGACUAACCGCCGUUGUCCCAUCCAUUGCUUUUGGCACUAACUCUAUGCCUCUGCCUACAAAAGAUUCACCCAACCUAGGAGAUUUUGACCUCACCAGCCCAGGGUCGUCAUCGUGUUCGUCAAGUCCUCACAGGGAAUCUCCAUCACCUGGCGGUGUAAAUGAAUCUAAUGAAAACUUAACAGCGUUUCCUGUGUCUCCCUCCGGGUCUGACUCUAGUCAAGUUUCUCCAUUGGAACUGACCACCUCACACCAUAUCAAAAAACACAGGCUCGGCGAAGGCGAGGGUGGUGACGAAAAACGGACCUCUCGGGAAGUAGGAGUCGGGAAAAACCGUCGGAGACGAACAGCCUUCACUAGCGAGCAACUGUUAGAACUAGAGAAGGAGUUUCAUUCUAAGAAGUACCUGUCACUUACGGAGCGUUCACAGAUUGCCCACUCCCUCCAACUCAGCGAAGUCCAGGUGAAAAUUUGGUUUCAAAACAGGCGCGCCAAAUGGAAGAGGGUGAAAGCCGGCCUGACGUCAGGACGGUCAUCAACUAGCUCAGGCCUCCACAAGAUUGUCGUACCUAUUCCUGUUCAUGUUAACAGGAUGGCCAUUCGAAGUCAACACCAGCAGUUGGAGAAGUCAGCCGCGAGGUAA